GCAGUAUUGACACAAGCAUCCCUCGUCUUCGUCUACCCAGUACCCUCACUUCCAGUGGAAAACCAAAUUCAAAAACUAACCAUGAACGCCUGAAACAAGUUCAAUUCCAACAUGCAGGCAUACCUCUUGUUGGGACCCACCUCCAUCGACGGCGGUGGUAGCUCCAAUCGAAACAUCUUGAUUGGCUUGUGGGCGGCCCGGCCCCACACUCGGUGUCGCAGUCCCCGUCGUCGAUUAUGGGUCCCAGUUACGGCAUCGGCAACCAUCAAUGGCCAGCAGAACCACUAUGCCGUGCUCGGCGUGUCUCCGAAUGCUUCCUCUGCUGAUAUCAAGAAGGCCUAUCGCCUUCUCGCUCUCAAGUAUCAUCCUGACGUUAGCAAGGAUUCAGGAGCAGGUGAGGUGUUCAAGAGCAUCCGCAUUGCCUAUGAUGUAUUAUCGAAUGAAACGACAAGGAUUCAGUAUGAUCGAGCACUCAGAUAUCAAGAUGAUACUGGCAGGCCAUUGACAGGCAGAUGGGACUACACCCCUGAAUUUGAAGAAGACGAAAGGACCUAUAGGUGGGCUGACCUGAGGCGAAGAAUGCAACGUGAAAGAUACUGGGAACACUAUCAUGCCAGAGGGGAGAAUUUUUCGUUCUACGAUGAAACAGAUGAGGAUUCUGAAGAAGAAUCUGGAGAUGAAGAGAGAGGCUCCUUCGUUGAAGUGCUUAAAUCUGCCUUCCUCUCUUUGUUUUUAAUGCACACAAUUGGCAUUCGAUUAUCUCUAUCGUUUAGUAGUCUAAUGGCUUUGGUAGACCGCAAAUUGGAUGCUGGAUAUAAGGUUGGUUACAUGAUUGCAUGGGUAUUGGGCGGGAGAGGUGGCAUAUUGCUUACUUUGUGCCUUUCAUUUGCAAGUUGGGUUUGUGGCAAAACCAGCAGCAGUCUGGUUGCUCUAGUAGUCGUAGCCAUGUGGGUUGGCUCAAACGUUGCAAGGUGUACCCCACUUCCACAAGGUGCGCUUCUCACUCUUUUGUACAUGUCUAUAAAACUACAAGUUGAUCUAAACUAAAGAUCUGCUGCCAGGGCUGCUGCUGUAAUGAAUAUAUAUCUUUCUCUCUUAAAGGUGAUUGUACAUAUGUUCCAUCAAAUAAAUUCUACAUUUGUGUAACAUGGUUGGAAAUGAAGUUUCUAAAAUUUGUAUAAUACAUCCCAACCUGUUUGAUGAAAUAUCUUAAAGUUCUUCAAAUUUGAACACACAACCAAGGGUUUUGGGACAUCAUACCCAUCUUAACUGCGAGCAGAAAAUGCUGUGAUUUGGUGCAGGUUGAUUUCAAAUUUAGCUACAGCACUUGCAU